ACUCAAUAUGACACCAACGACGAUUCUAGUAAUGAAGACUCAAUAUGAUGCCAACAACGAUUCCGUAAUGAAGACUCAACACAAUGUCAAUGAUGAUUCUAAUAACGAAAACUCAAUAUGA